AUGGAGAUUGAGACUCACGAUUCAAUCCCUGCGAAGCCUCUAGUUAAAGUCGCAUUCAGGCUUGGUACAGAGAGCUACACCAUCGAUGCAAACAAGGGUACUACUGUCUUGGAGCAAUUGGUUUCGAUGAAAGAAGAAAGUAUGAGGAUACUCAAGGAGUUUAUCACAAAUCAUAAUGUUUCAGAUGAUGUCGCCGAUGAUGUUGUCGAAAGCUUGUCUGAUGAUGAAGGGGAAGGUGAGGAUCCCCUUCUUAAAUGUCCUGUGAAGUCGAAGAAGACAAAGAUAUGA